AUGAGCUCCACGGGUGCCAUCAAGGCGCAGAAACUGAGUCAUGGGACGUUUAUUUAUCGGCCUACAGAUGAAGAGCUGAGUACAGGCUCUCUCUGGGAGAAGCUGUCGAAUGUCGGAGAAAAUCUGUAUUGGAUGUACUAUAUACAUUUGCCUUACUAUCUGAUGACUUCAGGCGACGCUUUCUGCCUCCACUCAUUUUUCCUAGCUAUGUUCACGUUGGGCCUGUUUGGGCUCAUCAAAUACAUUUUUCUGUGA